UAGUUCAGAAUUUGCUCUACUUUAACGACUGCCAACCGAUAUCAUCAACGCGACCGCUUCGUCAUGGAUGCCACCUCAGUGAAAAGCCAAAGAGAUCCGAUGUCUAAACAGUCGAUGUUAUUGAAGGCGGGCGGUAUAAAGUUGGAGUCGACACUUCACCACAAGUCCUUGUCUGUUGUCUCUUGGGGUCCCAACCGACUUGAUAUUUUCGCACUCGGAACCGACAACAGUAUGUACCAGAAAACUUGGGAUGGAUCUGAAUGGGAACCUUCGCCUACUGGCUGGCAGGCUCUUGGAGGUGCUUUCAACCCGGCUUGAUGAGUUACAUGCUAUGAGAAAAUGAUGGCUUAUAUCUGCCUGACCAACCUCGGGUCCACAUUUGCCUUCAAUUAUCAUCGUCUCCCUUACUCUCCUCGCCCUCCUCUCCACCUACAUGAUCUCCAUCGGCUGCGUGCUCCGCAAGCGUCUGCUCGGCGGGCAGAAUGGCCUCCUGCCCGCUGGUUGCUAAGACGAUUCGGGAUCCUGAUCAAUGACUUUGCUUUCCUUAAUUCUGGAUUUGUGAUAAUUUUUAGUUACUUCCCUGCUAGUGUGCUGGUCACGCUGACGACGGCAAAUUGGGCACCGGCUGUUUGGGUGGGCGUUAUGCUGCUGUCGGUUGUCAUUUACGUUGUGUAUGGGAAGAGGCAUUAUACUCCUCCUGCGGUAUUUGUGGAAGGCAAGAGAGAGGGAGCUGUUGAGUUGCAAGGGGUUGAUUGACUUGGUUCCUGUUUGAGUGUCAUGAAAUCUAUAUCCAG